CACGGUUUAAACACCACAAAAGUCUUCUCGUCGAACCAUUUCGACACGUCGCGUCGACCCCGACACCAUACUCCCGAGUAUCGACACCCAUUCAUUCCUGCUGGCGACGGGCUGCUGCCACCCUAUCCAUCGAGUCGAAUCCUGGACUGGCCUCACCAUGUCGGUUCGUGUGGUCGCGCGUAUCCGUCCCCUCCUUGAGAAGGAGCUGGAUAAGGACGUCAUUGUCCGGGCGGACAGCAUCGAGCAAGGCAAGCCAGCCACGCUGGUCAAGAUCCCGAGUCCGAAGAACGAGAGCGAAGAAUUCUCCUUUGCCUUCACCAGUGUCUACGACCAAUCGACGACACAAGACGCACUCUUUACAUCAGAGGUGGCACCACACAUCAAGGCACUCUUCCAAGGUCUUGAUGUCACCAUCUUCGCCUAUGGAGUCACAGGAACCGGCAAGACACACACGAUGAGAGGUGGGCUGAAGCUAGCAGAUCGCGGUGUAAUCCCGCGCCUGCUGAGCGGUGUGUACCGGCGCGGUAAGAAGAUCGCCAAGGACACCGGCGGCAAGACAACUGUCGACGUUGUCUUGUCAUACUACGAGAUCUACAACGACAAGGUCUUCGACCUAUUCGAACCUCCCGAAAAACGCCAGCCCUCUGGCCUACCCCUCCGCGAGAAAGAUGGCAAGACGAUGGUAGUGGGUCUCUCCGAACGGGCUUGUGAAGAUCUCCAAGACUUCUCCCGACUCUACAUCGAGGCGAAUAACAACCGCGUCACGGCAUCGACGAAGCUCAACGCCCACAGCAGUCGAAGCCACGCCAUCAUGAGAAUCAAGGUGACCCAAACGACGGGAGACCAGAUCCGUGAAAGUGUGGCCUCAGCCAUUGACUUGGCUGGCUCGGAAGACAACCGCCGUACCGAUAAUGGAAAGGAGAGACUGGUAGAGUCUGCUGCCAUCAACAAGAGUCUUUUCGUCCUGUCGCAGUGCAUCGACGCCAUCUCCCGAGGGGACAAGCGGAUUCCCUACCGCGAGUCAAAGAUGACGCGCAUCCUCAGCUUAGGCCAGAACAACGGCAUCACCGUCAUGAUCCUGAACCUGGCCCCCAUCCGCAGCUACCAUCUUGACACUUUGAGCAGCUUGAACGUCAGCUCGAGGGCCAAGCGCAUCGAGGUUCGCGAAAUCGAGAACGAAGUCGUCUUCAAGCAGGUCCCGCGUACGAACUCGGGCAGUUCUACAUCUACUCUGCGACAACCCCUCCGCCCCCUGGCCAAUGCCCACAACAUUCACAGUGGCACUAUCGCAGCCAAGGCAAGUGAGAAGGCUGCUGAUCCGACGCGACCGGUGAAGCUUUUCAAUGUUUACACCGACCGUAGCAAGGCCGCUGCUCCCGUCCGACCGACUGCCAAUAUGACGCAGACCCGGAAGCCCCUCGUCGAACGCGAAUUGCCGUCCAAGGCUAGCAGGCUUGCACGACCGUCGCAAUCCUCACUGAUAGCUCAACCAGUCCAGCCGUCUCAACCAGCCGAACAAAAGCUCUCCAUCUCCGCAGAGCAAUUGGAAGCCAUCGUCGAGAAAAAGGUCAGCGAGAUCCUCGCCUCCAAGGAGAACAAGACGGCAGAACCUGCACCUGCACCUGCUCAUCCCGACAUCAACGAUGCUGUGCGGCGCCGGUUGGAGGCACUAGAGCGCCGGAUCGCAAACGAGGAGCGGGAACGCGACGAUGGACGCUCAGAGGGACUACGCUUCUUGCUAGCUGCCAGGCAGGCAAAGGAGACUGGCGACGACGUUGUGGCCCUCCAAAUGUACGAGGAGGCUCUUCCUUUCUUCCCAGGCCAGGCCAAGCUGCUGGGCAAGAUUGAGAAGCUGAGGGUCAAGCUUGGAAACAUGCUUGCCACCGAAUCUUUGCCAGUGUCAUCAUCUCCCCGGAAUGGACACGAGAAGAAGCGUAGAAGAAUUGCUGCCGACGACAGUGACGAGGAGUACCAGCAAGGUAGAGGGGACGAAGACAUGAGUUUUGUGGACGUCGCCGCCAAGACGAAGAACCGAAAGGCCAAGCCUGCCAGGCCCCCCAAAAUGGUCCUCCCCGACCCGGCCGGACCAGCUUCUCCCCGGACUCAGAACUUGCUGAGCAUCGUCAACUCGCGAGACCUUGCCCAGAUCAAGGGCUUGCACGGAUUCGGCUCGAAGAAGGCCCAAGACCUCGUUGAUUACCUGGAAACGAUGACGGAUGAGGAGGCCGAGAUUGAGACUUUGGCGCAGCUGAAGACCAUCCCUGGAAUGGGUGGUCGGACCGUCGAGCGUGCUUACGACGGUCUUGUUGGACUGGCUAUUUGAAGCCAGUGAAGUGAUAUCCUACCUAGCAUGGCGCAUCGGGCGGCUAUAGGUGCAUUGGGCAUGGUGUUUCUGGAGUUCUGCAUACAGGCCGCGGUGGCCUUGAGAAACAGGUUGCUUACAGAAUGUUGCAUAAUGUGGCGAGAAUCCUUCAGGGCAAAGCAUACUAGAUAGGUAAUUCGUUCCCGUCAACCCCCGGUGGCAUGCGUUGCAUUGUGUGAUGUAUCUCAGUCUAUUCGUUCUAUCUAAGUGUAUGCACCAUAACGGUGUCUUUAACUAGUAGAGCAGCCUCAACGCCUACCACAUCUCUCCCCGUACAUCUUCAUAAGACUCUUUCGUCAUGAUGAAGUACAAGUUGUCGCAGCUCAGCCUUGACGAAACCUCACAAAGCUAUCUUGGACAGCUUGACAUAGCAUUGCCGAGGCUUGACCGUCAACCCAUCAUAGCCUCUAUAGUCUGAC